UUACCUUGGCGCGUAUCGUCCAUCUUCUUUGUCCACGUUUUGUGUAUACCCGAUGGAGACGAAGAUGGAGCCGCUGACACCCCCUCAUACACCGCCCACGUUCGACAGAUCGAUGCAACAACAACAGCUACCGAUCACGUCGUCCAGAUGGAUCAGGUCCACCCAACAGCUGGCUGGAAGAUUCGUGCAACAACAGCCAACCGCAGGACAAAACGUCGGUUACCAGGCCGCGUUUAUCGAUAACUGGCUACGUGGUGCGGCGUUGUUAGCCGUCAGGGGUUGUUGCCCGCAGACGUCGUCCUCGCAUCCUUAUCACCAUCAGGGCCAUCAGGGUCUGCAUCCAGCGCUCCCGGUGCCGCCCCCGGCCUCGUUUCUCACCAGGAGACUGCCCGGCCAGAGGCCCAAGAAGCAAUUUAUCUGCAAGUUCUGCAACAGACAGUUCACGAAGAGCUACAAUCUCCUGAUUCACGAGAGAACGCACACCGACGAGCGACCGUACUCGUGCGACAUCUGCGGAAAGGCGUUCCGCAGGCAGGAUCAUCUUCGUGAUCAUCGGUACAUCCAUAGCAAGGAGAAGCCAUUUAAAUGCAGCGAGUGCGGAAAAGGAUUCUGCCAGAGCAGGACUUUGGCCGUGCACAAGAUUCUCCAUAUGGAGGAGUCGCCGCACAAAUGUCCGGUCUGCGCCAGAAGCUUUAAUCAGAGGAGCAACCUGAAGACGCACCUUCUCACGCACACAGACGUGCCGCAGGAUCUAAGGAUCGAGGCACCGGUGACAACGGAGCCCAGAAUCACCGCCCCCACGACCGUCAAGCAGAUGGCGGAUAGGGUGAGCGGUCUGAUCCCGAUUCAGAGAACCAGCACCACCACUCCUAAAUUGGGUUUCAGUAUAGAAGACAUUAUGAGACGUUAA